AACUUGACACUAUGCCUUACCCCACCACCUUCCUUCCUCUAUCUUCCUCAAUAAUCGUCCAUAUAUACCCGCUUAUGCACUACACAUUAAUCAAAACCCAACACGCAACAUACCCUCGUGUUCCUUUUAAUUCCCAUAAACCAUUCUGCAGCCACUUGAAUUUAUCCUCUAUUAUACAUGUCUCCUGCAAUGGUGAUAACUCGCGAGAGCAGCGACGGAGCUGAGACACCAGAAAGCCGGUACCUUUACAAAGGGGUGAAACAGCUUUCCGAUGAUGGCCUUCACAGGGUCCCUGACAAGUAUAUAUUCCCUGCUUCGGACCGCCCCAGUACCAUCGUGGAAGACCAAAAUGUUCCCGAUUCAAAUCUAAUUCAGCUGCCCAUCAUUGAUUUUGCUGGGUUGCUAGGACCCAAUAGGCCCCGAGUCCUUCAUUCCCUCUCUCAUGCCUGCGAGCACUACGGCUUUUUCCAGCUGGUGAAUCAUGGGAUUCCAGAGGAUGUUCUGAGGAGUAUGAUGGACGUGAGUAAGAGGUUCUUUGAUCUUCCUUACGAGGAAAGAGCGAGGUACAUGACAACAGACGUGCAAGCCCCUGUUCGAUAUGGGACUAGUUACAGCCCCACCAGAGACACUGUCUUCUGCUGGAGGGACUUCCUCAAACUCUUGUGCCAUCCCUUACCCGAUUUCCUUCCCCAUUGGCCUCCUUCCCCUGUAGACUUGCGGAAAGUGGCCGCUACCUACGCAGAAAGAACCAGAAGCUUGUUUCUAACGUUAAUGGAGGCCAUUUUAGAGAGCCUGGGCUUGGGAAUUCUGGGAGCCGAAAAACAAGACGAGACAGAAGAAGAAGACAUGUUAAAAGGUUUCCAAGAUGGGAGCCAAAUGAUCGUGGCCAAUUACUACCCAACAUGUCCAGAACCAGACCUAACCCUUGGGAUUCCUCCUCACUCCGAUUAUGGCUUCCUCACGCUUCUCCUCCAAGACGACGUUGAGGGCUUGCAGAUCCAACAUCAAGCCCAAUGGGUCACUGUUCGCCCUGUCCCCAACACUUUUGUCGUCAACCUUGGCGAUCACUUAGAGAUAUUUAGUAAUGGCAAAUACAAGAGCGUCCUGCACAGGGCUUUGGUGAACGCGGCGAAGAGUCGAAUAUCGGUGGUGUCUCUGCAUAGCCUUCCGUUCAGCUACACGGUCAGGCCGUCGUCAAAACUCGUUAACGAGACGAAUCGGAAGCUCUACAAGGACACCAAUUUUGGCGACUUUCUCGAGUACCUUUCCACCAGAGAACUCAAGAGAAAGGAUUUCCUCGAGUCUAGGAAAUUAUCUUGAAGAGGCAAGUGAAUGAAUGCACUGUGACUGUAUUAAUUCAUCAUCCGGGAUCGGUAAAGAAGCAAAAAAUAGAACAUGGCGUGAUUUUUCUUCUAUCA